AGUCUACUCCAUCAAAAACUGCUCCUGUGGAAACUGAUAGUAUGUAUGAAGGGGUUGAGCCAGGCAUGGGAGAAGGCUCCGUUGAUGGUCCUCAUAUGACAGCAAAGGAAAGGUCAGGCUCGGCCAACUUGGAUCAUUACAUGAAGAAAAUUAAACCUGAGAAUAUUGAGGGCAUCAUUUGUGAAGGUUUCUUGAAGAAACUCCGCAAGGAAGGCAAAAUAUAUGUGGGAAGUAAGUGGCAGAAACGUUACUGCGUGGUGCGGAACCAUGUACUCUACUACUUCAAGGAUAAGAAAGCGAAAGAGCAAGCAGGCCAAAUUCUGCUGCCGGGUUACAAAGCACAAGUGGCUAACAGGAAAGGGCGCGAGUUCAGCCUGACACAUUCACACCUUGAAAUUAGGGCAUAUCAGUUCGAGGGCACCUCUAAAGAAGAAACAGAAAAGUGGAUAAAAGCCAUAAAUGCCGCUUGCGACGCUCCCUUGUCAGAGGAUCAAACUGCUUUGUUAGCUGAACUCCGCAACAACAAACAGCCAUCAGGUGACGAGGACAGCUUGCAUUACGAUGACACAGGACAAGCCAAGAACGAGGUAGCGGACGAGUCCAAUGGUGACGAUGCCUAUGAUGACACUAAUGAAGAUUUAUAUGAAGUAGUCGGCAUUGCUACCCAGUCCGCUGCCUCUAACCAGCAGUCGCAACCACCGAGGCAGGAUGUUGAUUAUGAGAUUUCUGCCGCUGCAGUCUCCUCGACGCCAGCUUCUGCUCCUGCUGAGCCUUCACCAGUUGAACCAAUACAAGAAGACUACGAGCUUCCGGAACAAACCAGUCCCGCGCCACCUCCCCCACGACCUACUAAAUCACAACCCCAAUCACCAAGGGAAAACAUCCCCCCUGACUUACCACCUCCACGGCCUUCCAAAGCUCAGCCAGCGUCCCCGGCCGCACCGCAACAAGAUGAAUUGUACGAAAUUGCCGAUAGUCCUGAGGUUACCUCCUCAGAAUUACCACAACCACCAGCGCCGCUGAGAGAAGAGGAAAAUUACGAAAUAUCGGGCGAAUCGCCACCACAAGCACCAGCCCCCGUGCGACCUCCCAGAAUACCUCAACCACCGACCCCAAAGCCGUCACCAGAUGUUUCACAAAAAGAGACUCAUGAGAAAAUUCCGGAGCGACCUGCUAGGCCUGGUGCCAAGCCUCAACUUCCGCCUCCACCUCAACGAAAAGACGAACCACCGCAGAGUCCCUCAGAAAAUCAAACUAACGAAAUAAAUUACGCCAACAUUUACCAAGCCUUGUGGAAUUGUGACGCUGGUGACAAGGACGAACUGGGAUUCCGACGCGGUGAUCUCAUUUACAUUUACGAAAAGCCGCAUCCUGAUUGGUGGAUCGGUUCCUUGUUCAAACCUCAAGGGUACAGUGUGGGCCUGGUACCGAAACAGUAUGUGAUGGAGGCUUAUGAAUUGACUGCAUCUUAAAGGCACUGUGUCACGGAUCUUAGCCAAAUUGAGACAUAAGAAAAUGACCACCAAAUUAAGUCAAAUAUAAAAAAUAACCACUUGAAAGAGUGAAGGAACAUUUCGUAAACACAACCAAUACCAAAGGAGAUACGGAUGCACAAAAUUUGAAUAAGAUUGAAACGGAUUGCGAUAUGGGUUUUUGAAAAAAACGCUAAGCUGAACAGUUUUCAAAGUUAAUCUCGUUUGUUUUCUCACCUUUAAUUAAACCGCCCUGGAGACAUAGUUGUUUGUAUUGUAGCUGUGGUUUUGUCAUUUAGUUUCUUCACUAACAUUUUAUGAUUCAGGGUGAGUAUUUGCGAGUAUUUGACUAAACUCAGCCGUGACACAGUCCCUUCGAAGAAGCAAUGCCGCGUUAUUUUAGACGUCCCUGUUGUGUAAACAUUUCUCCAAAAAAGAAACUUCCAAAUUUCGUUCAGUCAUAACCAACAUACCUAACUGUCGUCCUGGCUAUUUUCUCAAACGUUUAACAAUCUUUUGUACGUGAGUAAAAGACUAAGACAUGACGAGUACAGUUUUGAGUUAACCAAAACUGUUUAAAUGAAAAGACUUCUCAUCUGCGUCGUGUGUAGGCUGAUUCUUAUACGCGAAAAGCUUAGGACAGCCGCUGGUAUGACCUGGGACGCUGUUACGGUAUAUGAGGAAAUUUUUCGCUGGCCUCGCUAUCUAUUCCAGGUAUUGACCUCAGGCAUGACUGAGAAAUUGGGUGAAUUCAACUUCACAGACAUACUGACGAUAAAAAAGUACUCUGUUCUAAACUCGGAAGUAAGAUAUUUACAGCAGAACACCACAACCCUUAGUUUAGUUUUCAACUCCUUUCUGCUUGUAUUUGCAAAUAUUAAUUCCUCGGAGUGAGCUACCAUGAGGGGUAACUGUGCGGAUGAGUCUUUGGUCAUUUUAUUUAACGGUCUUGUCUUGCCUUUCUCAAAACUAGACUGUUCAAUCAGGACUCGAAGCACGAAAUGCCAAGUAUAUAUGUACCAAAACUGCGACUUGUAUCCCUCUAUGUUGACUACAUUACUUGCAAAAAGAAAAAAAAAACCUUCGGACGUUAGAAUUUCGGACACUUUGCUGAAACCUAACCAGCGUAAAUUUACGCCUACAAAACACAAAUUAACAUUUAAUUAAUUAGCAUUUAAUAGAAAUAGCAUUUAUAAAGACGACUGCACGCUCAAGUUUUACAGAUACACUGACGGAAAAUAAGAAAAAUUCUGUCAAGCCGUAAUAUAUCUCUGCAAGUGUCUCAACUAGAGCUCGCUCCAUAAAGGAAACUGUUUUGAAGCUAUUUAAAAGUUUUAUGCUGUAUUGUAAAUAUUUCGGACGCUUACAAAUUUCGGACGGUUUUAGUUUCGGAUACUUUUCUGUCCACAAUUAUAAUCGUCCAAAAUUUUUUGCAAGUAAUGUAUGCUUGUCUAGACUGUGCUACAUUGGAAUCAAACAAAGGAGAGUACAAUGCUAUUUCUAGCAGAAAAUGCAGGUGUAAGAUAGAUAUGAAAUGACAUAUUUUUGCGAAUUCCGUUGAAAUAAGAGAAAAUUUACCGACCCAAGAAAAUUUGGGUAUUGUGUACUCUAGUGUAUGUCGAACAAAGGGUUAUCAAAUUGCUGAGUGGAUUCAGACAUGAUUUGAGAUUGUAGUAUUGUAAAAGACUUCAAAUUUCGUAGAUUAUGAAAAUGAGGCGGGUGAACCGUUUGAAUGCAAGCUUUCGGCCCAGUCUUACUUGGGUUAGGCUCGAUUUCCAGCCGUUUUGUGAGCCCGCGUUCCUUGCCCAACACCAGGAUAAACAACCGAACUCCCAAAAUCGAGCCUAAACUUGGGUUCGAACUCCCAGAAAUUCAGAGUAUGAGGUUGUUGAUAUAAAUAAAUAAACAAAUGGCACAGAAAUUGCCUGAAUUUAACAUACAUUUAGUAUAUUAAAGUAUAUACCUCACAGGAUUUUAUAAGUAAAUAUUUUUGUAUGUAGCUAGGAGAUAUAAUGGAAAAAUGAAUGAUUCAUAUAUGUGUUGGCAGUGUGGCCGUUAUCGAGGUUAAUGGUGACGUGACAUCUUAGCGUUGUGUGACGCGUCACGAGAUGCUUGCCGCAGCGUUCAGGCUUACGUCGUUCAUGCUCAAUUUAUAUUUAUGUACGUUUGGUCACGAUUAUUACUGGUACUAAAGCAGUGUAAUCUGGCUAUUCUUUCGGGCAAUCUAAUCAGUGAUGAUUCGAAAAUGGCCUACUCUUAAUAGUCAAUGGAUUUUUACAGAACAAUUCUUAAAUUUUACGAGUUUUAUAUCCAAGUAUUGUUUAUUUUAGAUAGUCUUCUUGCGACAUUGCUUUUUUACCCUGAUUUUAUAUGGAAGUUAUUGAAAUGUUACCAUGUGUAAACAAAAUUUAAGUGAAUGCCUUGUAAAUGUAUUUUAUCACUUUUAAACAUAUGAAUGUAUUUCUUUUAAAUAUUUCGCACAUGGAUUAUGGAUCAUCCCAUUAAUACUUGAAUAAAGUGAGUUUUGGGAAAGUUAA